GUCCGGAGGUCCGACGACUCAAGCUUAUUAUUCUUGUCUGCUGACUCUUCUAAGGCAUCUACUGGCCUCCGAGCUAUAAUUUGUUCUCAAAAGUGCUCCGUUUGCUUCGCACGCACACUGAAGAAGAGCAUCGAAUACUCGGAGAGUUUGGUCGUCACCGCUCAUUGUCACUUCAGAACGCAACAGCGAACAUGCGGCUCGUUCACUUGCUUCCAGAGCCCUCCAUUUCUAGGCAGGACUGCAACAUGUUGCAGCACCUUGCAGACACCCUCGCUGGACAUAACAUCUCUCAGUACAAUACUCUCGUGAAAACUAAAGAUGGCCGUGCCGAUCCUCAGCGGUGGCGCGAAGUUCGACGCCGAGGCAAUGUGCGCAUCUACAGUGAGCGCUAUACGUCUACAGCACAGUGUCCAGCAACACCCCAGCUUCUACUAUUAGGCACUGUCGAGGGCAAGUUAGAGGAGAUCAUGUAUGGGGCAGUGGCUACCACGGACGAGGCCAUGAGGAUUCAGUCUGCCUGCACGAAGGACAAUGUUCGAGAUAGCAAGGUUCUUUACGAGAUCGUUCAGCCCAGCUUCCACGACCCGUUCCGUACCGUCGCCGUGAAAUGGCGGCUCUACGAAGGGCGCGACUAUGUAUCGCUCGAUGCAACAGGAAUCACUCAAGUCCGUGGAUAUGAACGAGUUGGGUAUAGCAUUUCACACUCGGUGGCACUGUCGGAUAUCCCAAGCUUCGAGAGAUCGCAUGGCAUUGAGCGAGGAAACAUGUCCGUGUGUGCACUGUACCGCCAAAAGACGCCCAAUACAGUGGAGUGCUAUGUGCGCGGCUUCUUCGACUUCAACACAAAAAACGAGGUGCUCAAGAACAUGUCACUUCAGACCAUCGCGACGCAGUGGUCGGCAUACGCACGAAAGAAUACGUGCGCUCUAGCCAAAAAAUUAUCCUGGAGAGUGCGCAAGAAUUGCGGGUGGAGCUCUCAAUCUUCUCGAACGUACUCAUUCGCCGACGACUUGGACGACUUCGUAGCCAGACAACGACCAGCAAGUUCUAACGAGCCUACUCGAUGUUCCGUGUGCCACAAAGCCUCCAGUUUCUUGGUGUCGAUUCGACGGACUUGCACUAGCUGCGAGCUGCCAGUUUGCUCUAAGUGCGUCGUCAAGAAAACCGUAGUGGCACUCGCACCCGACCAACACACGAUACUGGAGCGAAAACGCUCGUUCUGCGUGUCAUGCAUGAAUGCAGUGGAGAGCUGCGACGUGAUGUCCAUCGCGAGGGAAGAACUUGUGCGUCAGUUAGAAGAAGAGAACGAUGAAGACAUCGAUGCCUACUGGGCUCGACUAUCGUCCAUGACGGUCAACUCCAGCUGCUACUCGAGCAUCGCGUCACGACAAAGCAGUUUGACCAGCAGCUACGGCAGCUUCAACUUGGCUGAAAUCUUCAACCGACCAAGUCUCAUCGGUCGCGGUGGCAGCGACCUCGCAUAAGUCAAUUAGGCCUAUACCAGCAUCGUGCUCGAUGAAGAAGAGCAUGAAACUAAAGGAGGAAUGAGUUAAAGUAGUAAGCAGCACCGAUGGAAGUGCUACAAAAUGAGAAAACGAGUCAACUUUCGUACUUUAAUGUUUGCUCCAAAAUGUCAUUAAUCUAAAUUGUGACC